AUGUAAAGUGUAACCUCUAUAGAAGUCCCGACUAAUUUACUGAAAAUGCCAAUAAUAAAGAAUAAGGAUAUUAUGGAGAAGAAAUGUAUUUAUUUAAAUAAGAUAAUAAGAUGAAUACGAUAAAGUUGGAACAAAUUAAAAUGUUAUUGUUGAACCUGCAGUAGUUAAAUUUUGUGGUUUUGAUAUUGGCAAACUAAAUGAGAUUAAAGUGAGAGUUAUCAAUAAAAAUAAACAACCUUAAAGAAUCUAUGUCUUUCCACCAAAAUCAGAAAUAUUUAAUGUGAAAUUUGAUAAAAAAGGAGCUAUUCCUAGUGGAAUGGCAGAAGAGCUUUACGUUUAAUUCAAACCUCAAGAAUAUAAAUACUUUUACGAUGUGAUAAGAAUCAAUACCCAAGAUGAUACAUUACUAAUUCCUAUACAUGCUUAUCCUGCCCUCAGUAGAGAUGGAUUAAGAGAAUUAUUUCCUCGAUUAAUUGAUUUUGGCACUUUAGAUAUAGGUGAGUCUUAGACUUAUGUAAAAUUUUAUCAAUAUAAUAGAGCUAUCCAAUCCAGAGUAAAGUACCUCUUAACUUUGAGUUUGAAUUUAACAUAACAAAGCCUUGUUAAGAUAUUAAAAUUGAUCCAAUAAAAGGUAUCGUGCCUGGUAAAGGAGGAAUAGAUAUAUCUAUAACAUAUUCUCCUUUAGUAAAUGUAACAGAAAUAAUGGAAGUUGAAGUAAUUCAUAAAAAUAAUAAUUUUAAGCUUAAAAUAGCAUAAUUUGAUUUUGAACCAUUAUGUAUAAAAAUUAUGGGAUCUGGCAGAUUUCCUGAGAAUAAGAAAACCAUGAGACCUAGUUCGACUAAAAAAUUAAAAUCCAUUACCAAUACUUCAAGAGCUAAACCUCUUUAGAAUACAUAAGAAAUACCUGUUGAAGAGAGUCCAAAGCCUGGUGAAACUUAGUAGAUGGAGAAUCAAUUAUAGGAACGAUCGAAAACUUUAAAGAUGACUAAAAGUUCUAAAUUAAAAAGAUCUCAAUCACAAUAGUAAGACAAAGAAACUAGUGAUAAUUUAGGAUUAGAUAAAUUAAAAGGCAGACAAGUAAAGUAUUAAAUAACAAAAGUUAUUAGAAAAAUCAUAUUUAGAUCAUUUUAAUUAAAUUUAAAGUUUGGAUAAAGAAAAAGAAAUGAGAUUCUUUUAAUGUGUUGGAGAUCCACCAAUUACUGAAUCUUAAGUGCAAGAUAUACUUCUUGAAAGAUAAUAAUAUCUUAAUAACUAUUUAGAAGAUGUAUAAGCUAAAGGAACUACAAGAUAUAAAUUAAUGAUUAAUGCUGAUAGCACUAUAGUUGAUUACAUUCUACCUGAGAAUUAAUAGACUUGGGACUUAGAUAAAAAUGACACAAUGAAAAUUAAGAAAAUUGUAAAAUAUAUUUUAAACUUAUUUAGAAUUUGAGAAAGUUUGUAUGUGCAGCUAGUAGAAUAAUCUAUAAAUUAAGAAUGGAAAAAAGAUUAUUAAAACUGAAAACAUUUUUAAAAGGAGCAACAACUAGAGAUGAAGUCAAAUAACUAGUAAAUUUGGAUUGUUAAAAAGCAGAACAUUCUGGAGUUGGUAAAAAAGAUUUUGUAUUAAUAAUGAAUUAAUAUUUUAGGUUAAAUUUACUUUUGAAUUCAGUUCAGCAAAUAUUGGAUUUUUGAAAUUACCAGUUCAGUAUUCUGAAUCAAAUACCAAUUCCUAAUUUAAAUAUACAAUUACUCCUUAAACUGGAUUUGAUGAUCUAGUUCCUUUUGAUGAAUUACCAAGUGAUGAUUGUGAAAUUAUGUAAUAUAAAGUAUGGGAAUACCCUUAAAUUGUGUAUCAUCCACCAGUUAUUGAUAAACCUUUAAGGGAUGGAGCAGAAGAAGAGAAAUCUAUAAGAGGUAUAAUGGGUCCAAUAACAUAAAUACUUUAAACUUAAAAUGAUAAUAUUGUCAGAAACAUAUACUAAAAACCUCCUGAAGUUGAAAGCUAUUAAAUACUUAAGGCACAUAAGACACUAAAAUUGUAUCAAUAAUUUAAUGAUGGAACUUCUUUGAAUACAUAUUAUCCUUUAAUGUUUAGUAAAGUUAAUGGAAUCGGAGCUGAUUUAGAUCCAGACAUUGCCUAGAAUCAUUAAAUUUUAAAACAGGAAUUUAUUAAUAGAACUCCUGGUUAUUAGAAUUUAAAUCUCAUAUACGAACUUCCUUUGGAUUAAUUCUAUUACUAAGAUAAGAAUAUGUAAUUGGCUUAUGAUUUUGGUUUUGAUGAAUAAAUAGAAUUCUAUUGUCCUACUAUAAUGGCAGAAAAAGAAUUAGAUGAUUAAAUGACAGAUGAUGAUAGUGAUGAAGAUAAACCUCCUCAAAUUAAUGUCAUAGAUUAAAAUGAUUGGCUUACUAAGCUUGAAUAAGAUGACAAAACUAUUACAAAUAUGAGGCAAUCAGAAAUUAUAGAUUCUUAUGAUUAAUUAAAAGAAAAAAUUGAUUCAAAUUUAAAGUAAUUAUAUAUUUCCAAUUUUGUAGUUUGGAAAAAAGUAAAUGGAUAUCAACUGUUCCUUCUAAAACUAGCGACUUCAAUAAGUUUAUUGUUAGAAAUGAAAAUAAAAUGGUCAUAUUGUGA